CGCUUGUCUCUGAUUCCGCAUCCGCUCCCUUUGUUUGUCUCUCCUUUCUAGCUUCCCUUGCACCUCACCUUUUGAUUGAACUUUGGUUCUCCUUCUCUUUUGUUUUUAUUCGUCUUACAUGGAAGCCCCUGCGUCGUCGUGAUCUGGACCACCGCCCGCGCAUCACCACAACAAAAGCAUGGCUUCUCCCUACGCCGGCAGCAUAACAAGAAAAGCGAACUGACCGGUGCAUUGCGCGCGGCGGUAACAGGCUCGUCUUUGCUCGCCAUGGCGACCCAGAAGCUCUUUUCUCGAAUCAUAUACCGAUCAGCCUACGCCCUUUGCUAUAUCCUCCUUGUCGGCCUGCUGCUCAUUACGCCAGGAGACGCCAUCCAGCGCUCCCUCCAAAACGGCCAAAACUACAACAUCCUCAUUAUCACAAUCUGCUACAUUGCAACCAUCCUCAUAGUAGCUUUCGUCUAUGCCCUUCGACUAUACAUCAACAAAACCGCGCUCUCUGCUAUUCCCAAGGCAUGGGUCCCUAUCGACAAAAGCGACGUCAAAGAUGCCGUCUACCGCAUGAUUAGCGGCGGCCUGAACCGCAGCGCGGCCAUCGCCUACCUCUCACGCCCUCGAGAUCUUGCACGGUCAAACGAGUCGUUUCGUCCGGUAGGUGGCUAUCUGCAGCCUCAGCGGCUCGGGAUGAAGACGGUCGAGUCCGUCGGCCAUGACAUUGGAAUAAAGCUGCCGUCUCAGCAUGCGCUCUGGGGCGACAUUGAACAGAAUGGCUGGGCGUCUCCCAAUGCCGAAGACCUCCCGAAUCUACAAUACAGCACUGUGCUCUCCGAACUGCCGAACCUGGUGGAAGCCAAGUCGCUCACUCUUGCACCAGCAGAUCCCUUAUCAACAAGCGAUCCGCCCAUGAUUGAUGCCGACGCAGCAGAACUAUUGCAAAGACAGCCAAACAUGAGCCUGCGCCAGUACUUAAACCACCUUGUAGACGCUGGUAUUAUGGACAUGGAUGCAACGACAACCGAAUUCCUUGACGUCUACGAGCAUGCACGCUUCUCUACCACCCUUAUCCCCAACGCGACAUUCCGACACAUGAUGAACCUCUUCGCCGACGUUCUGCGAAACAUGACUGGGCCCGACCCCGAUGGGUUUGCCGAGGCCAUCAUAGAGCCACCGUCUGAGUCGGACAUUGAUAGCGAUGCUCCCCUCGCCACAAACCCUACUACACCUCGAAGCAACUACUCGCGGUCCAUCAUUGAGGAUGGCUCCGGGCAAGAGUCCGAGGAGAGCCAUCGCCCCUCACCGCCGCGGCGCAACUCCUCGUUCAAUGCAUGGAGUUUAUACGCUACAGCACCCAAUACGCCAGGCAGUCGUCGCACGGGUAUGCUGUCCCGCAAGCGAAGCAACAAUAGCUUAGCCACGGAUCAGUCUUCGGUGCUCAGGUUCCUGCGCAAUCAGCGGUCCAACGCCAGUCUCCGCUCUCACGCGACCUCUAGCACCGGCUCGGUCGUUCGCCUAGCUGUCGGCGAUGAGCGUAAUAUUAUGCCAUAUGUUAUUUCGCCGUCCUCUCAGCAAGGCGCAGAAAACUAGCCCUCCCACUACACAUUCUCGCACUUUUGGCGUAUAGGGUACCAGUAUGAGCCUACGAUUUUCAUGAUGUAUAUAUCGCUUUACAACGUAAAUUUGGACAUAGACUGAUGUAUUUUAUUCCCAAGUCUACUUCUCUGUAUAUAUAUAAUAUAGAUUUACAUUUACAUUCAUGAAGAUCUCCCA